CGGGACUUCCCUCCCGGAACUUAUCCACGUGCUUCCGCUGUAUCGUAUCUCAGCGCCGGGUGAGUUUCCAGCGUUUGCCUGAAGUUGGUUGUACAAGGGACAUUGUGACGGGCCCCAGGCCGUGGACUAGGAGGUCUGAAGGAGAUCCCCUCCACGGUGCCGGGGCUAAGAUGGAUCCGCUCAGGGCUCAGCAGCUGGCAGCCGAACUGGAGGUGGAGAUGAUGGCCGAUAUGUACAACAGAAUGACCAGUGCCUGCCACCGAAAGUGCGUGCCUCCACACUACAAGGAAGCAGAGCUGUCCAAGGGCGAGUCUGUCUGCCUGGACCGGUGUGUCUCCAAGUACCUGGACAUCCAUGAGCGGAUGGGCAAAAAGUUGACAGAGCUGUCCAUGCAGGACGAAGAGCUGAUGAAGAGGGUGCAGCAAAGCUCGGGGCCUGUGUGAAGCCCAGGCAGACACACCCUGGGCUGCACUCUGCCCCUUCUCACUUGCCUAAUAAAAGUGCCCUGCAUUGGGUGUCAUCUGUGAAGACUGCCAGGCGUCAGCUCUCUCUGGAGGGUCUCAGGAGCCCAGAAUGUGGUAGAGCUCUCUCCUGGUUGAAGAAGUGCUAUUCAUCACACUGGAAUUAAACUCGUGUGUAUGUGCAUGUAUAUAAAUAUAUAUAUUAAAACAAAUUUGUUGACACCUA